AUGCCCUGGCUUCCUCGUUUGGUGGCCUCCGUUGCGCAGUGUGGCCGCAACAUCCCACCUCAUUCACUUGAGGUCAGCGAGGACUCGUUCAUGGUCGUCCUGCCAAGCCCAAACCAGGAUGAGCUCGACAAGAUCGCCUGCGAUCCCGUUGACCAGCCUAUUCCUGGCUUUCCCGAGGCCGCAAAUGCUUCGAGAAGGUUUCGUGAAGGUAUGCAUGUCGACCUCGAGGCAACCGUCAGACGGCCCGCUGGAUCCCCGCUUACACCCUCUGUUCUCUCACCCGCAACGCGCCUGGCUUUCGACUCAUCGUGGAUGCAAGCGGAUUCUCGGCGACGCGACUGGCAUGUCGUAUUCUGUGGUAGGCAGAUUGGUGUCUUCGGUAGCGAGUGA